AUGGGGAGAGCGACGUGGUUCGAAGCCGACGGGACCAAGAGAGGAGAAUGGACGGAGGAGGAAGACCAGAGACUCGUUGCUUACAUCGACCAGUACGGCAUCGGUGACUGGCGUUUUCUCCCGGAAAAAGCUGGCUUGCGGAGAUGUGGGAAGAGCUGCAGAUUAAGGUGGUUUAACUAUCUAAGACCUGGGAUCAAGAAAGGCAAAUUCACUCCUCAAGAAGAAGAAGAUAUAAUCAAACUUCAUGCUAUUCUCGGGAACAGGUGGGCAGUCAUAGCGCAGCAGAUGCCGAGUCGAUCAGACAGCGACAUCAAGAACCAUUGGAACUCUUGUCUCAAGAAAAGACUAGAGAAAAACGGAAUCGACCCAAUGACCCACCAGCCCAUUGUCAACAACCUCACCGUCAAAACGCCGUCGAUAAACAGCGAAUGCGGCGGCUCUUCUUCCUCCUCCUCCGGCUCGGCCCGUCUUCUUAACAAGAUCGCCAGUGGUAUUUCAUCUAGGCAACACGGUGUCGACAGGAUCAAGAACAUCUUUUCGGAUCCGAGAAUGACCACAAGCAUCAAUGGUAAUCAAGAAGAAGAGCUGAGGAAGGAUCAUGGAAAUACUAUAGCUACUGAUGAUCAAGAAGAUGAUUUUCUGAUGUGGGACGAGAAAGAAAUGAGGCGUUUCAUGGAGGAGACUGGUGUAAUGGAGUGCCAAACGACGUCGUACAACGAUGGAGUCUAUAACUCUUGUUUGGACUUUGCAUCACCAUAUGGUGUUUACGAGACUGACCAACUUGAUGAUUACCUCUUUCGGUAA